CCACCUCUCCGGGAUCCUGGCCUGGCAGCUGGGGUUGAGCUGUGCAGAGGUGGGGAGCAGGUGCUCGCUCUGCAAAAGGUCACGUGAGGACCCUUGGUGUUGAGGGUAGUGAGGACCAGGUGAACUUCAGUGCUGUCGGACUUAGCUCGCUGGAACGGGAUCGUGGAGUCGGCUGAGGAUUAAUGUUUUAGAGUAAACACUGAUAAUUUCAAUAUAUCCUUCUCAUUUUUAGACAGUGAACUCCCAAGAAGAAAAUAAUGGAUUGCAUAAUAAACAUUUUCUAAGUAUUUGGACUCUGUAGUGGGCAGGUUUGUCGCGCAGACCAGAAGAAGAUGGCAACUCCUUAUGUUCCAGUUCCUAUGCCCAUAGGCAACUCUGCUUCCAGUUUUGCAGCCAACAGAAGCCAAAGAAGUUCUUCUUUUGGGAGUGUCUCAACAAGCUCAAACUCCUCCAAAGGCCAGUUAGAAGACUCAAAUCUAGGCAGUUUUAAACGGACAGCUGUUCCUGAUCAAAUGGAUAGUACUUCAUCUGUCUGUAGCAGCCCCCUUAUUAGGACUAAAUUUACAGGUACAGAUUCUUCCAUUGAGUAUUCUGUUAAACCAAAAGAAAAUGAAGAACAAAGCUCUGAAACAGUGAAUUGGGAAGAUAGACCUUCUACACCUACUAUCCUAGGUUAUGAAGUGAUGGAAGAAAGAGCAAAAUUUACUGUAUAUAAAAUACUAGUAAAGAAAACCCCAGAAGAAAGCUGGGUGGUUUUUAGAAGAUAUACUGACUUCUCUAGGCUUAAUGAUAAACUAAAAGAUAUGUUUCCAGGCUUUCGACUAGCACUUCCACCAAAACGCUGGUUUAAAGAUAAUUACAAUGCCGACUUUUUAGAAGAUAGGCAAUUAGGAUUACAAGCAUUCCUUCAGAAUUUAAUAGCUCACAAAGACAUUGCUAACUGCCUUGCAGUGAGAGAAUUUCUUUGUCUGGAUGAUCCACCAGGUCCAUUUGACAGCCUAGAAGAAAGCAGGGCUUUCUGUGAAACUUUAGAAGAGACAAACUACCGUUUUCAGAAAGAACUACUUGAAAAACAAAAAGAAUUGGAAUCACUGAAGAAAAUGCUCAGAGAAAAACAGCUUUACAUAGACACUCUAGAGAACAGAUUCAGGACAUUGUCAUUAGGAUCUGAGGAAUCUCUGCGUGUAUUGAGAACAGAAGAUGGGCAUAACACAAAGAUGGAGUCCUCUGCACUUGAGGUUGAUGAAGAUAUCUUAGAUCAAGAAUCUAGACCUGAUCAUAAGCCAUGCUUAAAUUUUAGUGAACCUGGGAAUUCUGUGUCAGAGAUAGAAGUAGCAGAAGUGGCGUAUAAUCCUGAAGAAGACUAAAACACCACUAUUCCCUCCAUUAUUGUUUGUUUGUUUUUUACAUGUUCACAAAUGUAGAAUUGAAUGGCAUAUAUUUUAAAGGAAAACAAAGACAUUUGCCAGAAACACCAAGAAUGCACAUGUAUAAAGUUUACAUAAAGAAAAAAGUUAUUGUGGUAGGAAACUUACUCACUGCUGCUUUCAGUUGUCUUUUAUACAACCUUUGUAAUACACUGAAAAACUCCUAGAGUUCUGUUAUCAAGUCCCACAUUCUUCAGCACCCUGCAGAAAUUGGGCAUCGUGCUGGCAGAUUGCUCCAAGCUACCUUGUAUGUGUGUGCAAGCAAGUCAUUGUGUGUGCAAGUAUGUGCACUUUCACAGUCAACAUCAACUAAGUAGAGAUUAAUUGCAUGUUACUAUAUAGUCUAUACAUAUCUUUAUAUAUCUCUGACCUAGUAUAUUUUCAUUAGUGGUUUAAAUCAGUGGUAAAGUUGAAUUGAGUUUUAAAUAUUGACAUGUUUCCUAUCUUUAAAAAAUACUAUUUAGAGUGUUACUGCUAUUUAAAAGAAGAAAAGUUUCUAGUACCAAAGGAAACUACUUCUAAGACUAUAAUAACAUAGGUGAAAUAAUAAAAUAGUGUUCAUUUAUAGAACUAUUUUAUUAGUAUCAAAAUACUCUUAGCAUCAUGGUGUAUUAUAAUAUAUUAUAUUUGUUAAUUUUCCACAUAUAUUUAUCUUAAAUCUCUACCAAUAGAAUUAAUGAGUUUGCCUCUUUCAGACCACUACCUCUUUUUUGCUAGUCAAGGCAUUCUCCUUCAUGAAUAUAUUAUAGAUUAUAAGCAAAUACAAAAAAAUUAAAAUUAAAGCCAUAUGACUACAAGGUUCUUAAGCAUGUCAACUCCUGGCAUUGCAUUUUUACUUCUGUAUAGAGGAAUCUGUUGCUAUAAUACAUUAUGGCUGAUUUUCAUUCUACUGUAUCUAGCCAAAUGAUGCACUUUGUGAUAAUUCAACUCUUUUGUGCCAAGUUUAAUUGGUAAUUUUUUUUUAAUAACUGGAGUUAGGAAAAAGAAUUAUUUAGUGCCUUUACUGUUUUACUCUUUACACAAGUUCCCUGUGAUCUGUAAGUCAGCUUUUCAGAAAAAGAAAAAAAACUGCUUGUUUCUGCUCUAUAGAUGUUGAAAGUGCCUUGUUUGACUUUUAAUAGUUAACUCAUUUACUUUCUAUUUCUAUGUUUUGCAUUUAGAUGUCAACAGUCAGUAUAAUCUAACUUUUUGAAAUAUCAGUUGUCAUAUAGAAGUAUAUAUGCUUUCUAAAACCUGAGGGAAACUUACUAGAAAAAUAAAGUAACAGUUUCAUCUCCAACUUUUUGACUAUCUAAAAGUUUAUCAGUAUCUUGAUGUAUAUAUUAAGAUGUGGUUGUAAAAAAUUCUGCUGAUAUAGAUUAACAAAUCCAUUGGUUGUUUGUUGUUAACCUUUGAUCUAAAAAGAGACUACCUUUUACCAAAAUACCAAAAAAGGUUUAAAUCUCAGAAUGUACAUGUAUAAUCUGUCUCAGAAUAUUUUCCAGAGUGGAAAUAGGUUUUACUCUCCUGGGAGACAAGAAAAGAAUAUAAAGAGUCUACUUGUUCGCUUUGAAAUAUUCUAGACUUUUAAAAUAACCAAAAAGAACAAUCAUUUAUAUUAAUCAGUAUAGUGCAAGAUAAUCUUUGCUAAAUUCCAGAUCUCAUAUGCUACAUUUCCUUUUGUUUGUUUGUUUUGCCUCCAGGGUUAUCACCACAACUAGGGGCCAGCACUAGGAACUGCUCCUGUCAGCCAUUUUUCAUUUUUAAUUGUAUACAACAGAGAAAUUGAGAGGGGAUGGGUAGAUAGAGAGACAAAGACACCUGCAGACCUGCUUCACCACUUGUGAGGCAACCCCCCCACCCCCAUCAACCCUAACCCGUAGGUGGGGAGCCCGGCCCUUGAACUGGGAUCCUUGAGCGAGUGCUUGCACUUCGUACUGUGUGAUUUUAACCUGGUGCACCACCGCCUGGACACCUUGUUUUUUAUUUGUUUAAGUGAACCAUUCACCUGCAAAUUUUGGUUCUUUGGAGUAAAAGAGGAUUCAAAGAGUUGUAUUUAAUGUUUAGAAUAAGUAAGGAAACAUUCUUGUUCAUUAAAUAAAGCACAGUUAUUUAUGUUUACGGUUUGCUUUUUUUUAACUUUUAUAAUUUGUUUUAUUUCCAAUAUUCAUUUAAUAAUUCUUUUCAGUAUAACAAAAGAGAUUUUGUUAACAUAUUGACUGCCAUUUUUCCCCUCCAGUUUCUAUGCUGUUUUCCUCUUACCCUUACCAUUAUUGUAAAUUGAAUUAUGUUAAACUGCUGUGUUCACAGGUGUGGAAUGAGUCUGGGAUUUUCAUGUUCAGUUUGCACUUUAUGUUACUGAUCAUUUUAAGUCUUUGUGAAUAGGUGCAGUGUCCUUCAGCUGUAACCAAUAUUAAUAAAAAUGUUUAACAAAACAGAA